AUGAAAGCUAUUCCAUAUUGGAUGUCGCGGUUAUGCCUGCUGCCGGCAAAAUCAUUAGAUGCCACAGUAGGCAAAAGCCGCCUUCGACGGCAGGCUCGAACUAAACGGUUGCAAAGGGAGCAUUUACUCGUCUCGAUCACCACUCUCUAUCGCAAGGUUAAGCAGAUACCCUGCCCAACUUUGAGUGACGAUGAUAUCUCCAAGUUAGAACUGGAGAUUAAAGAGCUUGACCUCACAGACGGAGGUCAGACUACGUGGCUACCUUUCUUCCAACCAUUUUCCCGGGAAGAUCUGCAGAAAUAUCCGAUUUCAGAGGAUGAAGUUACACAGUCAUGGCUGUUAGCACAAAAUGGAGGGUGGCAUGGGUCUCCAGCGGUGCGCAGAGACCAGACCUCCCUGGGGGACUUGGAGGUACUCUGGCGUCCUUUAACAAAUGGCGAUAUCGAGAGAUUUGAACCGUGGAUGUUCAAACCCUUCUACUGGAACAUGAUAUUCUCUGAACGCAACCCCAGGUUCUGCCCCGAAAGCUCAUGGGAGGCACGAGGGAAAGAUACGGCUCCUCACCUCGUCUUCACGCUGAAGACUGAGUUAGUCAACGAGGAAAAACUGCUUCGCAGCGAAGUGCUGGCAAUCCUGGUAGCCAUCGAGACUCGACUUACGAGUGAGAUCUUCAAGGAUCAUUUGAUCAUCCCGAUCAUGAUUAUCUCUUUCAUGGGACAGCACGGCAGGAUCAUCCAGGCGUAUCACGAUGGCAACAAUCUCGCCCUUCGUAAGAGCAAAUUAUUCGAGUUCUUCAACGCUGAAACAUCGCCCAUUGACCUCUUUUCUCGUUUCACCAUUAGCAAGCGAGUUGGGAAUACUGGCGAACUGCCCGAAAUUGUAAAGAAAGAACAAUCAUAAAAGAUGCCAGACAGUACAUGUAGUUGCAUGGACCCUGAAAUUAAGACCUGAAUGGCUGAAAGGUAUGGAGGAAAAAUUGCCAUCCUUUGUAUGAAUGUCUUUUGGCGAAGGGAUCAAGGUCGCCUAGGAAGAUUUGGCUGUGUGAGUCUGUUUGGCAUUUUGCUACAAGUCUAGUUGAUUACAAUUGAUGGGGGUAUAGAGAUGUGG